CUGACCUACUGUAUCCUAGUAACCUAGACUGCGACUACAUACGUACAUGUCCAUAGCUCAACUCAACUCAACUUAACUAACCUACUUACCUUGGCUACCGUAGGCUCCCAAGUAGGCCCCAGGCACUCUUGAAGCUUCACGGAUUUUAUUACCAAUUCCAGUGGGUAGUCGCUUCAACUCGUUGUUGCCUGCCGCAUUUCACAACUCAUUGCAUUCGGUGCAUCUUACGAGAUCUCUCGUGAUCAUCCCAGAGCAACGCGUUAUGCUCCCUUGGAAGUAGAGUAGUUCCGAAUCCGAACCAAAUCAUCGCUCAUUUCCCUCUGUGGAACGUACACUAGAGCACAAUGGCUUCCUCGAGUCACCAGUACCAUGCUCCUGAGGUGGAGGACGACCUCAUUGACCCGGAUGAUGCCGACCUCAACGACUUUGACGACCCUCUCUCACAGCGCCAACCGCUGACGGGCAACAUCGGCUCCUCCUCGUCCUCGGGUCCCGUCGAUCAGUCCUACCUGACCUCCCGAAUCCCCGGCGAAGACCGUCGUGCCCCCCAGAACACCAUCGAUGAGACCGUCUGGGACACCCUGCGCCGCGACCUCCUGGCUGUCUGGUCCAAGAUGCGCGAGGUCCUCUACCCCAAGUACCUCUUCGGAGGCACCAUGUUCGAGUCCUCGGACGGCAUUCGUGGCGCCUAUGCCAACAUCCGCGGCGCUGGCCUGACUGGUGUCAGGGAAGAGCUGCAAGGUCUGACCGGCCGCGUCAUGGACACAGAGGCCCUGCUCGACCAGAACAACAUGACCCCCGGACUGAGGGACUGGGACAUGUGGGGCCCCCUCAUCUUCUGUCUCUUGUUGAGUCUGCUCUUGAGCUUCAGGGCUCAGAACGACCAGAAGGAUAUUGUUUUCUCCGGCGUCUUUGCCAUGGUCUGGAUCGGUGAGGCCGUCGUCACCUUGCAGAUCAAGCUGCUAGGCGGAAGCAUUUCCUUCGCCCAAAGUGUGUGCAUCAUCGGCUACACCCUCUUCCCCCUUGUCCUCGCUGCCAUGUUCUCCGCCAUCAAGCUCCCUACCAUCCCGCGCAUACCCAUCUAUAUCCUUCUGGUUGCCUGGUCGCUGGCCGCCGGUGUCAGCAUCCUUGGUGGUAGCGGUGUGGUCAAGAACCGGGUUGGUAUCGCCGUCUACCCUUUGUUCGUUUUCUACGUUGGGCUGGGCGCCCUUUGCUUCAUCAGCUAGAUCCUAUGGGGAAAACCAUGUUGGAACUGUACCCGAGGCGAAGACACAAAGGUCCAAUGGGCCGUGUGCAUGGAUGGCGUAGGAGAUCUUUACUAUUGACGAGUGUAUUCUAGACAUCGAGCAUGUAUCAACUGAACUUUUACCUGCAGUUACCCCUUGGAAUAAAGCCCCAAGCAGUCUUUGUUUUCGGCCCUUGAGUAGUCGUCAAGUCUGGCUUGGAAUGGAGUUUAUAGGCCAACCCAUAUGCUUCAAAUCAGUGAGAGUAAAGAUAAAGAGUUCGCUUUUAA